UUUUACAAGUCAAACGUACUUCCAAUUUGUUUCCAUUCCGAUUUAACUUGUGUUGUUGACUCUCAUUUGUGAACGGUUAAAUUUUAGUAAGUUUUGUUGUUGUUUAAAUUAAGAACACCUACGUCUGCUAUGCUGUACAGUGAUAUCUUGUUAUCUCCGGACAGCAUGGUCGACUACCACAGACUUUGCCAACGGUUCGAGCUGGACGCCGUACCCAGUCCCGAAGGAUUAUUCACUAUCGACGAACUCAUUGGCGAGGGCACCUACGGCGAAGUGUUCCGUGCCAAAAACAAUGCUACCGGAGAUACUGUCGCUAUCAAGAUACUCGAAGACAUAGCCGGUAAUGAAGAAGAAAUCGAAGACGAAUACUUGGCCUUAAGAGAUCUAAGUUUGCAUCCGAACAUACCUUCGUUUUACGGACUGUAUUUCGUCAAAGGAUCGAAAGAACUAACCGAUCAGUUAUGGUUUGUUAUGGAAUUAUGUGAUGGAGGUUCAGUUACAGAUUUAGUACAUGGAUUAAAAUCUCGAGGAAAACAACUAACUGAAGAUCAAAUCGCAUACAUUUUACAUGAAACCUUACAGGCUCUGGCUUUCCUACAUCGCAACCAUUGUAUGCACAGAGACGUCAAAGGUCAUAACAUACUGUUGACAGACGAUGGACAAGUAAAAUUAGUCGAUUUUGGCGUUUCUUCUCAUUUGGGAGCAACCAUGGGACGACGUGACACAUCUGUCGGCACACCAUAUUGGAUGGCUCCAGAGGUAAUUGCUUGCGAACAACAACGCGACUCUUCGUAUGACAGCCGUUGUGAUAUCUGGUCUUUGGGCAUAACCGCCAUUGAAUUGGCCGUCGGCGAUCCCCCGUUAAGCGGACUGCACCCGAUGAGGGCGUUAUUCCAGAUCCCUAGGGAACCUCCGCCUGUGCUGCCCUUGUCGGCCCGGCCGGACGCUCCGAAGCUUACGCACUUUGUGGGCAGGUGUUUGGUGAAAGACUUCGAGCAACGACCGACUUCGGCCUUGCUUAUCCACGACCCGUUCAUCGUGCAUGGGUCCAAGUGUAUUGUGCGGGUGCGCGAGGAGCUCAAAGCCGAAAUUCGUUACCAAAAAGAAGUCAGUGGCCGGCUACAAAAGCACCCGGACGUCACCACCAAGCACGGGAAACUGAAGACGAAGCGAAAAAUUCCUCCUACCACCAUCUACGUGGACGACCUUGCUGCACUCGACAGCUUGUCCGAGGAGAGAAUUGUUAACCAACUGAAGAAAAGAUACCAAAUGAAUUUAAUCUAUACUUAUAUUGGAGAUAUACUGUUAGCCAUAAACCCUUUUACAUCGCUUCCGUUGUAUACAUCGGCGGAACAAACAAAGUAUUCUAAUCAGUUAAGAGCGGCGUAUCCUCCUCACAUAUUUGCCAUAGCCGAUUCCGCAUAUCAGUUUAUGUUGCACGAAAAGUCUAAUCAAUCGAUUGUGAUCAGCGGUGAGAGCGGUGCUGGGAAAACUGAAUCUGGCAACUUAUUGCUGAAACAACUCGUGUACCUCGGCAAGGCGCCAAACAGAAAUCUUGAACAGAGAAUUCUGCAGAUGAAUCCGAUCAUGGAGGCUUUUGGAAACGCAAAAACCGGAAUUAAUAACAAUUCAUCGAGAUUCGGCAAGUUUCUUGAACUCAGCAUGACAAAAACCGGACAGUUGACCGGUGCCAGAGUUUCGGUCUAUCUGUUGGAACAGUCCAGGGUCAUUCAACAAGCAAACGGGGAAAGUAAUUUCCAUGCAUUUUAUUAUAUCUAUGAUGGAUUGGAACACGAUAAAAGACUCAAAGAGUUCCAUUUAGAUAGAGAACUACGACAUGCACACACAUAUCUGCCUUCCGACCGACAAGACAGUAAAACGAAACAAAACAAUAUUGGCAAGUUUGCUCAGUUAAAAAACGCGUUCGAACAAGUGGGCUUUAAAGACGAAGAAGUAAAUUCAAUAUAUUGCAUAUUAGCGGCUAUCUUACAUUUGGGUGACAUUGAAUUCGGUGAAAUAAUAACCGACAACAAUACUGAUAAUAAAAGCACUGUUAUUGACUUGACACCAAUACAUAGAGCUUCAUGUCUUUUGAACAUUGAGAGUUCAGACCUAUUGGAAUGUUUGAGUGUGAACAGUGUUGUGACGAGAGGGGAAAUCAUUCAAAGAAAUAAUUCCGUAUCGGAAGCCAUUGCCACGAGAGAUGCUAUUGCUCGCGCCUUGUACAGCAGGUUGUUUGAUUGGUUGGUCAACUCGAUCAACAGUUUGUUGUCUUUUCACAACAAUAGGGGCGAAUACAACGUAAUUGGAAUUCUAGACAUAUUCGGGUUUGAAAAUUUCACAUAUAAUUCUUUCGAACAGCUUUGCAUAAAUAUAGCCAACGAACAGCUUCAGUUUUUCUUUAACCAACACGUUUUUGCGUUGGAACAAGCCGAAUACGAGUCUGAAGGAGUGCCUGUACAGCAUGUGGGCUUUUGUGAUAACAGACCUGUUUUGGACAUGCUUGUAAGUAGGCCUAUGGGCCUCUUGGCGUUGCUAGACGAGGAGAGUAGAUUUCCAAGAGCGACUGAUCGGUCUUUAGUUGAAAAAUUCCAUUGUAAUAUAAGAUGCGAUUAUUACAUCCGUCCAAAAUCGAACGCUUUGCAAUUUGAAGUCAAACAUUUUGCCGGUAACGUUACUUACCAAGCUACGGGCAUGCUCGAAAAGAACAGACAUUUAUUAGCUAUCGAGGCCAUUCAAGUGUUACGGAAAUCGAACAACAAAACCGUCCGAGCGCUAUUUCAAACUCCAGUCACCAAAACCGGCAAUCUUUAUUCUCAAGACUCUCCAACAGGGUUAGUGGGUCUUGCGUCACAAUCUCGGGGUCAACAAACUGCUGCCACUUACUUUAGGCAUUCGUUGGCCGAAUUACUUCACCGUAUGGGAUGUAAUAAUUCCGGUGUGAGUCUACCGAGAUUCGUACGCUGCAUUAAACCUAACGACCAACGUCAACCAAAACAGUUUGACCCGCUCAAAGUUGUCGCACAGUUACGAUGUAGCGGAGUAAUGGAGACCAUUAAAAUCAGACGAAACGGAUAUUCACAUCGGUUGCUCUUCAAAGACUUUGUAAACAGAUAUAGCGUUUUGGGAUUCCGCUUGUACGAAAAAAUUCCUCCUACCCGAGACAAUUGUAAACAUUUGUUGAUUAAACUUAAACUGGAUGGUUGGGCGAUAGGAAAAACUAAAGUAUUUUUAAAAUAUUACCACAUCGAACAUUUGACUAAACUACACGAAAUACAAAUACGUCAAAUAGUGAUCGUCCAGAGUUGUGUACGCAGAUGGCUGGCGAUGAAACGCUACAAAGAAACAAUGUUGAUAAAACAAAUGUCUUGGGGAGCGUUGACUUUGCAAAAACACGCCAGAGGGUGGUUGGCGCGUCAAAAGAAGAAGAAAUCAAAAGGAGAUAUACCCAUCGGCGAGGUAGCGCCUAUUUAUCGUCAAGAACUAAAAGAAAGUUCUCCCCCUAAAAACCAAACCAACAACACCAGUCUUUUGAUCGUAGCAGAAAAUAAAAAGAACUAUAUUCAGCAAAACGGCGUCAAGGUGUUACCGUGUAAAAUGCAACAGAAAGUAGAAAGAGAGAAGAACAUGAUAGACUUUUCGAAAAAUGUUUACGCACGCAACAAAGAAUUCUACAAAGUCAUUAAGAAAACGGAUAUAACUGUUUGUUUAAAUAGCUUGAAAGAUAUAAAAACGACUGGUCAGAAAGGUUUAGUGCAUAACGCCAUAAAAAAACUUGUUACAGAAAAUUAUUGUAAAUACGAUUCAGAAAACAGGUUAAGCACGUUUGCUCCGAUCAACAACAAUCAAAACAAGCAACUGUUAACCAACAGGCCCAAAUGGGUUUCCCCGUUAAGAUUAACACCGCCAGACAUAAACAAGCUACCUGAAGGAUUCGACUUUCGACAACUGCUGAGGCCUACUCAGCACGCACCCACCGAAUCCCUACGCAAACGGCUAGUGCAACGAGCCCGACCCGUAUCGGCUAAUGCCAAAGGAUAAAAAAUUACUAUCUCGACAUUAGAACACACAUUGUCUAAUUUUCGUCGAUAGUAAUUUUAUUUUGUUGAUUUUGUAUUAUUUUUACUUGGUAAAUUAUUUAUUGGGAGUCUUAAUUUAAGUAUUAUUAUUAUUUUUUUUAACAAAUUAUGUAUUUAUAUAGUUCCUGAUAGUUGAACCCGCAUUAAAUCAAACCAAAAAUAUGAUGUACGUUGUUGUUGAAUUAUGGAUUUGGGAUAUAUUUUUUAAAAUUAUUAUAAUUAAUUACUUUUUAACAUAAUGAUUAGUGUUUUAAAUAAUGUUCCUUAUAAAACCUUUCAUUGUAUUUAAAAAAAAGAUUAUUUUUUAGAUGUAAACCACUUUUUAAUUGUGCAUAGUUUUUUUUUCUUAUGAAUAGUUUAUCAGCCGUUAAGCUAAGUCUUAUGAUAUAAAAUGUGAUAAAAUUUAAACGGCAUUCCAGUUGUUAGAUAAGACUUAUUAAAGUGGUGUGAUGUUAUAUUAAUAUUAUAUCUUUUUUGAUAAUAUUGACAAAAUUUCAUAAAUGUAAAAUUUUAUUUUUGUAUUUAUAUUUAAAAC